AUGACAGAAAACAUAACGCUGCUCAUUCUUGUGAAAUCAAGUGUUAAAAAUGUUUUUUUAAGAGAUGCUAUUAGAAACACAUGGGGCGCUGACCUGAGUAAAAAUAUUGUAUUACGAUUUAUGCUCGGGUUCUCCGUAUCACAUGCUGAACAAACCAAAUUGGAGGAUGAAACGUACCAGGACGUGAUUGUAGAAAAUUUUGUGGAUACUUACGCAAACAACACGCUGAAAACCAUCAUGGGAUUUAACUGGGCCGUUAAUGAAUGCCCAACAGCGAGAGCUAUUCUAUUUAUAGACGAAGACCAUUUACCACGUAUAGAUAAUAUCAUGGACUUUUUGCGAUCGUUCAAUCCAGAACAGUUAGACUCUUUGUUCUGUGGAAUUCAGAUCAUCAUGGCGCGUGCUAUAAGGCGGAAACACCGAUGGAGUGUACCGGAAAAUGUUUAUGAACAUAAACACUGGCCGCCAUAUCUUAGAGGUGGAUCAUAUGUUGUCUCGCAAAAGAUCGCAAAGAGAUUUACUCUAGCAUUCCCUUUCGUCAAGUACAUUCAUAUCGACGAUAGUUACCUAGGUAUCGUGGCUCUGAAACUGGGCAUCAUACCACGACAUGAUCACAGAUUUCAAACGAACCAGAACCAGUUAACAAAAUUUAAAAAACAGUUCGUAUAUAAUGACUAUAAGAAUCCAGGUGUUUUGAAAAAUGCCUGGAAGAUGAUCAAAGCCACAACAUAG